AUGACGCCUUUGCAGGAGAGAUGGAUUCAGGAAAAUAACGAGCUCGUAACUAAAUGGAAGAUUUCGGAGAAACAGACGGAUGGAAACGUAAUACAAGACCAGAGACUGUCAAAUCUGAGAGGCUUUUCUACGGAAUUUCACAAACUUUUGAGUAAAAUACAAGGUGCUCCUUCUCUUUCUGGUGUCUCGCAGUUGGAAUUGACCGUGAUGUUCAAUGCCUGUGUUUUUUCUAUCGCUCUCUCUGAGUUUUCUAAAGUGGAGAUGAUGAUUACAGAUGUUUUGAAUAAAGUUCUUCAGAUGUCAGGAUGUCUGCCUGUGAUCCAUCGGAGCACUGACUGUCUUCUGUAUUGGAGAGAAGUUACAGAAAAAGCUGUAAAUCACAUCGAUUUAAAGGUCUGCUAUGGACGGCUCUUCUGUUUGCAGUGGGCAAUAUGGGUUGCCACACAGAAUUGCCAUAAUAUCUCGCAAAUGAAGGAGAAUACAUCAUUGUUCAUCUUGGCAGAAACAAAAAACAAUGAGCAGCUCAACUCUUUUCUAUUGGUUCUUGAGAUAAAAGAGCUGAUUGAAUUAUUAAAUGUCUGCAGCCUAAUUGGCGAAGGUGCAGAAAGAUUCAAAGAUGGCCGGUAUUCAGAGGCGUUAAGUCCUUUACAGAAAGCCUCUUCGUUUACUGCUCCCAGGGGGGCAGUGGCCCUUACGCACCUGCUCUUAGGUUCAUGCUUUCUCCAAACGAAACAUCCACAAAUGGCUUUGGUAUGUUUCCGAAAAGCACUGGAGACAGACGGCCACUGUGUCAGUGCGCUGUAUCAGAGCAUGCUCAUCUACAAGCAGUUAGGCAACAAACAGGCCGAGAUCCAAGCCCUCGAGUUGCUGCAUUCUGCUUUAAACCUGACACACACCUCAGAAUGCAUCACAGGAAGUCGUUUGCUUAUCUCUUCCGAGUUACUCCUCUCCAGUGCAACCAUGAAGAACCUCCUAGAAGUCCCCUCUGCGCAAACUGUUCUUCGAAAUCUGGCUUUAAGAUGCAUACAUCAUGGAAGGGUUGCAGAAGGUGUUGAGUAUUAUCUUGAUUUAUUGGUCAUCUUUCACACAGAUCAUCCUUAUCCCUAUCUUUCCAAUAUGGAGGUCCCCUCCCUUCCACGGUUGGCUGAACUUUACCUUGAGGCUGCUGCAGCUCUGCUCAUGGUCCAGCGACAUGCCGAUUGCAUGGCACUAUGUGAAGAAGUGGUUGGCACAACUCAAGAUCUACUGCCAGAAAGAUUGGUUAUGGAACGGUCAAGUUUAGAUGCUGAGUCUGGUGAUCCUUUGGAGCAUGGUGACAAGGUGGCUAUGGUCCUCUGGGCUGGAGCAGCUAAACUCCUCAAGGGACACUGCUACAUUCAUUUAAAGGACUGGAAGCAAGCUUUGACCCAUUAUACACGAUGUUUAGAUUUGCUGUUUAGAUUGCACUUUAAAAGUAAUGGAUGUCAAACACAGAUUCCCACAGAUGUGGUUACAGAAGUGGGAAGCUCUCAGAGACCUCCAUCUAAGUUUGCAUACAUUCCCAGAAUGUAUCAGUGCUGGCUUAUGGUGUGGCGAAGUGCUGUGGAGACUGAAGAGGAGACAGGAAGCAGUCAGCUGCUGGAAAAAUAA